GUUUUGUCUUUUAUAAAAUUACAGUUUAAAUUCAUAUUUUUAUUUUGUGUGAUAUUCGUUUUAGAUUUCCGACUGAUCCGCUUCUGUCUGCGAGAUGGACGGAAAAAAUUAGAUUAAAUAGGAACGAUGCAAUAUGGAAACCGACUAAACAUAGUCGAAUAUGCUCUCGCCAUUUUGAUAAGCAAGUAAAGUAAAUUUUAUUUGUGGAACACAGGUGUUACAGUUAAGGUCUGUAAAAACGAAACGCAACUGUCACUGUCGCACUUAUAUGGAAGACUGAUAGAGAGACACAAAGCGUUUCGUUGUUCGAAGCAAUAGCGAUUGCCACCUUGGCUAGGCCUGCAGGUACAAUUACUAGUACUGACCAUAAAUAGUUAUUUGUUUUACAAGUGGAAAAGUUGUUGUUUAACCGCUCGUGCUAAUAUUGCUACUCGAGCUAAAUAAAGAUCCAAAAUGUCGAAAAAUGGAAUCUUGAGCGUUGCGAGGGUUUCAAGUUACGAGAGUUAAACAAAUUUUGCCCCAAGUGAAACACAAAACUUUUCACCACACCAACCCGAAGAAAAUAUUAGUCAAAUAAAAUCAAACCAAAUCAAAUCCAAAUGAUCGUCAUUAAAUAUUUAUCAUUUAAAAUCAUUAUUCCAAAGUCAAUUCUACCAGCUUAUUAUCUGUGCACAUUUGUAAAAUAAAAAAAUAAACGUUUUUUUAUUUAAACAUUAUUUCACAAAGUACAGAAAUGCAAAGUCCUUAAAAGAAACCUUGAAAGUUUUUGCUAAAAAUUUAAUACCUACAUACACACUCCCAAAUGAUCGAUAGCCAAGUAUAAGGAUGUGGUUAAAAUCCAUCUAUUUUACGGGGAAUAAAUGAACUCUGGCAACCCGUUUUUGUAUAUAUGUGUGUGUCGCUGAGCGUAAGACACGAGCGUCGCACGCACACAUCGAUCGAGUUUCGGCUUCACUUUUGGCAGAUUAGCCUUAUGAGGACUAACUGUCUAUGUGUGAUAGGUGACAAUUGACAUCUUCCAGUACUUCAUAAUAUAAUGUAGUGAAAGUGGCUGCGAGGGGAAGACAAUACAAAGUUGAAAAUGGCAGAAGCUAUGUGCACACGCAAUGCAGGUGCAGGCGAGGGGCAGGGUAGAAAGCUGCAGGUGCAGAAUGGCAGCAACACCAGCUUCUGCAGCUCCAGUCAGACCCUCGAGCUUUCACAGACGCUGAUAACGGCGGCACCGUUUAGCACGGACCCGAUAGCGGUGGCGGAGCGCGAGCGCUGCGCGUACGGGCGCGUGUCGCGCGCUGCGGCUGCGGCGGGCACGGCGGGCCGGCGCGUGCGCGUCUACUCGGAUGGCAUCUACGACAUGUUCCACCAAGGUCACGCGCGCCAGCUGCAGCAGGCCAAGACUGCCUUUCCCAACGUCUACCUUAUCGUUGGAGUGUGCAACGACCAGCUGACGCACAGUCGUAAGGGACGCACGGUGAUGACGGAGGACGAGCGCUACGAGGCCGUCCGCCACUGCCGCUACGUCGACGAGGUGGUGCGGGACGCGCCGUGGGAAUACGAUGAGGCGUUCCUGGAGAUGCACAAGAUCGACUUCGUGGCGCACGACGACAUCCCCUACAUCACCGAGGACUGCGACGACACCUACGCCAUGAUCAAGGCCAAGGACAUGUUCGUCGCCACCGAGCGCACAGAAGGCGUGUCGACGUCGGACAUCGUGGCGCGGAUCGUGCGCGACUACGACAUCUACGUGCGGCGCAACCUGGCGCGCGGCUACUCCGCCAAGGAGCUCAACGUGUCCUUUCUCAACGAGAAAAAGUUCCGCCUGCAGAACAAGAUGGACGAGCUCAAGGACAAGGGCAAGAAGGUAAUGACGAACAUCGGCGAGAAGCGCGUCGACAUCCUGACGAAGUGGGAGGAGAAGUCGCGCGAGCUGAUCGACGCGUUCCUGCUGCUGUUCGGGCCGGACGGGCGCCUGUCCAGCAUCUGGAACGAGUCCAAGGGACGGCUCAUGCAGGCGCUCAGCCAGCCGCCGUCGCCGCGCGCCUCGCCGCCGCCCAGCGAGAACGGCGACGACUCCCAGGACCGCGCGCUCGCGCUCGCCUCCGCCCACGCCUCCGCGCCCGCGCUCGCGCGCGCCCUAGCGCACGCUCGCACGCACAGAAGCUCGGCGUCGCCGCCGCCACCCAAAUCGCGCCGCUACGAGACGCUGUGGGAGCCGCAAGCAGAUGCGUCAAGCUCUGAAGGGCUGGGGGCAGAAGCGGCCGCACUCCGCCAGCUGACGGACGACGGCUCGGACAGCGACGACGACUACCAGGACACCAGCGCCUACCUCUAGGCUCCGCCACAGCAGCAGCCGCUGCCGCGACCGGCACCGAUGUACAAUAUCCAUUGUCUUGUCGCCAAACCCGCCACCUUAUCUGUAGAGGAUAAUGUUUUCCUGGAAUCACUCAUGUGUCUUGUUCUGACGGAUGACCCAGCCUCUAAAUGUAAACCGAGUUAGAAAUAUAAAUAGCAUCCCUUCGAGUUACAAAAAGUGAAAUGUCCCUUACCUGGGUGAUACGAGUGGUACGUAGUACGUACACUUAUCCGUCAUGUUGUACCGGUAAGGUUCCAUAAGGUUCCACACGCCUCUCGAGACUGACACAAGAGUGUCGCCGAAUACAUUAUUCGUUUAUAAUGCAUAUAGAAAAGAUUUACUGACAAAUCUAACUAUUAAAAUACCUUAUCUACACACAUACCAUAAACCCUCUAUGAUAAUAUUAACUAACACAAACGGGACUUAAUCGCGUAUUAAGUUUUAAAUUUACUUCCGACGUUUCUAGGACGGCGUUGUCCCCGUGGUCUCGGAGAAGACUGGCUAAAGUUGACAUCAACAUCUAGCCGCGCGAGUUUUUCGAACUACCCGCACUUGAUCUUGUUUAUUGACUUGAACAUUCUGCUCACUAGGGAUUAUGUUAUUCUGUCGACACACAACACUAACGAUAUUCGACGGAUUAGUCCCGUUUGUGUUAGUUAAUAAUGUGUAAAAAUCGUGAAAGUUUAAAUCAGUGUUUAACCCUCUAUGAUGCCUUUAAAAUCCGUAAAUAAUGGCCAACAUUACGAUAAACUUGUUUUGUUACAACAAAUUUCUUAUCUGUGAUAAUGUAGUUAUAGCUUACGGGUUAGUAUCAUAUGGUCAAAAACGCAGGUCGUCUACAGCGUCAACUCACCUAAAAAUCAAUUGGGCAAAUUUGCAGAUAGUCUAAAACGUAAGCGGUCCACUCCAUGAAGCAACUCUUCACAAAAUGUUUCGUCUAUUGUCGUAUUAUCAAAUCGUCUUACAUGCAAAUGGUUUAAAAAGCUGGUCGCCGACAAAGCAAUUCGUCUAAAAUGUAUGUGGUCUAAAUAGCAUGUCGCCCAAAAAGCAACUCGUCUUAAAUCAAUCGAGUCGUCCUUAAGUCGAGUAAAAAUUAUUUAAGUAAAGGUUUUUGUUUUAAUGGAAUAACUAAAAUAAAUGUUCAUUGCUAAUAAAAAUCGUAAAUAAAAGAACAAACUAUACUUAAGUAAAAAAUUUGUGUUUGUGGUUACGCAGCAAAACUAAUGUGAAGUUUUGCCAAGCCUAAUAAUACUUCUAUGUAGUACUAAAUAGGCUUCAAAUGGAUUAAGUCAAUAUUAUCUUACUUUUUUCUGUGCACCUCUUUGCAAUGUCUCUGUUUAACCCUAUGGUUGACUGAUAGAGAACGCCUUUAGGUACUAAGUUCGCCAUUUGUACCCUUUUUUGCUCAAUAAAGUUUAAAUAAAUAAAUUAUUACUUGUAGCAAUUAUGUGCCGAAUAAGAUUAUAUUGUCGGUGCCUAUACAGUCAAGAAAUUUGAUUUGCGUACCUUAUCAUAGUAACAAUAAUAUGAAAUCUCUAGCGUAGAGAUGUUGAUUGUCACUGUGACAAGGUACUAACGACAACACUCCUAGCUAUACAUCGGUGGACCUUAUGCCUUUUGUAAUAGAGUCCACCUAUGUAUAGCUAGGAGCGCUGCUGUUAGUACGAGAUGGUAUACAAAUUAAUAUCCUGGACUGUAUCUAACUGAGUAUUAAACGACUUGUACGAAUUAAAUUUUAGACGAGCUGCUUUAUCGACCAGUAACUUAUUAACCGAUUUGUGAACUGGUCUAGAUGAUCCUAAGGCAAGUAGCUAAAGUGACUAGUUACAUAUCGGACAAACCACUUAUUUAUCGUGAGAGUCAGAAUGGCGGGUGUACCUCAAUAAAAUUAAAUGAAAACCAUACCAUAUUUUUGUACCUAAAUUGUACUAUUUAGUACCUCCUUAAAAAAAAUGAGAUCGAUAACUUGAAAAAUUAUAACGCCAGCAAAAGUGUAAUAGCAAGAAAAAUAUAAAUGAGUAAAACUUGGAAACCCCAAAUAAAAUGGCUCAUAUUAUAAUUGAAUAUGAAAUUACAAAAAAGGUACAAAAAUUUGGCUUUUAUAGAAUGUAUCAAUAACCACGGGAAUAAAGCGUAAUAAAGUACACCCGCCAUUCUGACUGUCAGGAUGGCGGGUGUACUGUUUUUUGGUGAUAACUUUAAGUACCGUGAGGUACAUUUUUUUUAAAGGAGGUACUAAUACUACUAAAUAGUACAAACAUAUGGUAUGGUUUUCAUUUAAUUUUAUUUAGGUACACCCGCCAUUCUGACUCACUAUUUAUCGGGUUGAUUUUAGUUGAGUUGCUUUAUGGCCGCUUACAUUUUAGACUAUCUGCCAAUUUGCCCAAAUGAUUUUUAGGUGAGUUGGCCCUGUAGACGACCUGCAUUUUAACCAUAUGAUAACUACAUCAAAAUCGAUUUGGUUAUGCAUUCAAAUUUGGAACAUCUCUGAAAAUAAAGCAAUUCGAUUUGACCUCUAAUAUCAGUCGAGAUGCCUUUUUGUUUGAAACUAAAUUUCAAUUGCAUACAAUUUUGACAUAUCUCGCAUGUUAGUUUGUAUCGAAUGAUACGGAAAUAGGCCCCCGACUCUAGUUUAUCUCUGAUUUAAAGAAAAAACUAUAUGCGUGAAAAAAGUUUUCAUUUACCGCCAUUCGAGUACAGUUUAUCUUUUAAUUAGUUUUAUGUAUAAAAUGAAUCUGUUUUGUUGUUUUUAAGGUAAGUAUAGCAAAACUUUCGUGUAAAAUAAGCGAUAAAAAUAUUUCGGUGACGCCACCACCCGAUUCAAAUUGACAACGAUGCCCGAACGGAGGCUGUAAUUUGGGUUAGUGACUAUUUCAUAGAAAGUUUAUAAUAUGUGUGUAGAUAAAAUAGUGUAUGUAACUGUACAUAAUUAGGCAUUAAAACACUCGUGUGAUCUUUUUACAAAACUCACUUCGUUUGUUUCUUAAACCCACACUCAUGUAUUUUAAUGCCUUUUAUUAUGUAGCAGUCACAUAAACUACUAUUGUUUUGUGUUAUUUUUAAGAAGCCACACUAGGUUAUUGUACUUAUUGUAAAUUAAAAGUAGAUGUCAUAUACUAAAGAAAAUCGCCUCGGCUACUGGAGCCCUUUGUAAUUUUUACUUUGGUAUAAGUCAGAUUCACCUCCGACAAACUUUUAAUACAUUUAGUAUGGUUUGACGGAGUUUAGACUUAUGCACAAAUCUGGAGAAUGACCCGGCACAUUUACACAGCAAUUGGGUUUAUGUGGACAUAUCAAAAGUAACUGAAUCCUUAUUUUCAUAAAGGGAUACUUUAAAAUCUGUAUGACUCCUUCUGAUCUGUGCUGACAUUAUAGCUUCGCUGUUUUGUUAAGUUGUGAUUUAAUUGGAGCAUAAUAACACGCGGUUAGGUAGACCUACAUGAGGCUAAGAUAAUAAAAACCGUAAUUUGACCUAUGUCCAUAUGAUUGGUCCGGUGGUGCCCUUAAGCCUUAUUUUAAGGCAACGGCGAAGUAAUUCCGACAAAAAUAGGUUAUUGGUUAAUAACUGUACCUAAUUCAAUGGCACAAUAAUUGAGUAGUUUACCCUUAUCCUUUAGUUCAUUAAAAAAGAGACAUAUCGGGCCCAUAUCUCGAACGAUAUCAAACUAAUUUAUAAUCCCACGAACUGUCCAAUCCUUUGGUUUCAAUGACAACACUAAUAAUAGUUAGUAUAAAUAAUAUCGUUCGAGAAAUGGAGUUUCAUAUAAACAGGCAAGUAACAAAAUAAGUUGGAACUAAAAUAUACGUUCUUAUACUUAUGUAACGUUUGAGUAAUGUACAUUGUACAUCGCUGCCGCUCGUGUGAUAGUUGUACAAGUUGACGUACGUUGAUGAGAAGAUAUUUUUGAGCUGUUAUUUAAAUUAUUUUAUAGAGUAUGUUACAUCUGGAAAUUUUGUAUGAAUACUGUUUGAGUACAAUUGAGCGAAUGUAUUUAAUAACGUAUUAUUUAUGUUUCUAAAUAUAAAUCUCUUUAUAAUACCAUUAUAUGCACAGGGCACCUAUAGUUUUUAAGCAUCAUGAAACAUUAUGUUUUGUCAGUUGAUUAGAGGUGCUAAUUAUUAAGAAA